AAUUGCAGCACAGUCUCGCUCGGUCAGCAGAGUCUCCUCCACACGAUCCCUAAAAAAACACGAAACCCUAGCGCCGAAUCGCGAUCCCCUUUCCCUUCGCCGUCACCACGAUCCCACCCCGUGUGACCGCCGAUCUGGUGCCGAUGCCGCAGAAGAAGCGCCCCCGCCGUAGGAGGUCUCCUCGCGAAGGAUCCUCCCGCCGGCGCCGUGGUGAAGAUGGCGCAUCCUUGUCUGGAUCCCUUGGCCAAUCGGAUGGGAGCAGCAGCAGCAGCGGCGCGAGUUCCGGCGCGCGGGCGCCGGAAUCCCUCGCCCAGCCGUCGGACACCCGGCCGGCUCGCAAGUACGAGUCCAGGUACCAUGAGAUGCUCGCCUCGUGCCUCGCCGUGCUGCCUCUACCAGCCUACGCCGACGGCGAAGGCCCAGAUCUCCCUUCUGCUGAAACUUUCGAAGCCCUCGUUCGUCCUUAUUUCUAUGAUGACGAGCUGCGGGCUGCUCUGGUAGAGUACCAAGUCCACAAGUUCUUGAGCCGACCAGAUGAUGUCCAUGGACGAGAUGGAGAUUCAGGAGAAGUUGAUUCGUCCUCCUCACUGAUGGAUGAUAUCCCCGAGGAGGAAUUCGAGGCAGACGAUGCACGGCUCAGGUCUCACAUAGUACAUGAAGUUGACACCGAGGAUAGAUUGGAUGAAGAGGAGGCGAACAGGCUCUGUCACAAGUACGCACGAUACCGCCUCAAAGCUUGCAUGUUGCUCAAAGGAGUGCCUAUUGACGAUGCUGCAUUCGACUCCCAGUACCCUCCAGACCUUCCCUUGGACAACCACCGUCUUUACCAUGAAGAUGAAGCCUUGGGCUGGUGGUUUGACUUGGGCACCUCUUCACCCGCGACCUUGAGCGACUAUCAGCGGCUAGUCCCUUGUAAUGAAGGGGGCGUUGAGUAUGAAAGUUGGAAUGAAUACCGAGAGUUUUAUAGCACCCCUGAAACUGAUAGAGAUUAUCUGCUCUACUGGGAAACGAUUGUGAAGGAUCUUAAGUGGAUUGAAGAACAUGCGCUUAAAGGCUAUAUGGAGGUACACACCUAUACGACCUCUCAAAACAAUUGGCAUGAAUUGCGUGCAAAAGCUUGGCGCCAAGCAGUUAGGAUUGCUACUAGGUUCGAAAACAUUCCUCUGGGGCUAGCAUAUUAUGGUUUCCAGGAGUAUACAACGAGCAAUUAUCUCGAGUCCGUGAAAGAUCUUGACUCUGUGUUUUUUGAGAUUUGGAAGCUGGUCAAUGGGUCUGAUCAGAUGUCUUUCAGAGAUGCUAUGAAGCAUGUGUAUGAGGAGAACCUGUUUCCAUUACGCAAACGUGAUUUGGAGCACGAGCUGAGUCAACCUGUCUCGUUGGGAUUGGAGAAAAAAUUUCGACGGUGCACAGCGGGCGUCAAUAAGGAAGUAAGCACACGUACACUGGUUCCAGAGUGGCUAGCGCGUGUGUUAAUUUCGCAGGAAGUUAGUUUCAAGUGUGAUCUGCCAAGGAGGUAUGUGCAUUAUGCCAGGAAGAAGCUCAAGAUUGCAGAAAUCAUAGGUUUGAUUCCCAUAUCCAAGAUACCAGCCUAGUGUGUUUAUUGCUGGCGUGCGUGGUGUGGUCUUUUGGGGUCAGUUUCAGAAACAGAAGUGUAAUAUCUAUCCCGAUCCCAAGGUAGCUACUCCAUGUAUGGUUAAAUGCCUGUGCAUGUGAUUUAUUUCUGGCGCCCCUGGAGCAAAUUGAUGAUAUUUUUACCCAACUAAAAGUGCGUCCCUAAUCUUGUGUCAA